AUGACAGAAGCCUCAGCAAACCCCUGGUGGAAGGACGCAGUCUGCUACCAAAUCUACCCCGCGUCCUUCAAAGACUCCAACGGCGAUGGGCUUGGAGAUGUCCCUGGGAUCUUGAGCAAGGUUGAUUACCUCAAAGAUCUUGGGAUCGAUGUCGAUAUGGGCUAUGACAUAUCCGAUUAUGAGAAAGUCUACGCGCCGUAUGGGACUGUCAAGGACAUGGAAGCCCUCAUCGAGGCUUGCCACAAGCGGGGCAUGAAACUCAUCUUAGACCUCGUUGUCAACCACACAUCUGACCAGCACGCCUGGUUCAAAGAGUCGAGAUCCUCGAAAGACAACCCGAAGCGCAACUGGUAUAUCUGGAAGCCUCCCCGGUACACAGAAGAUGGUACUCGGCUGCCACCGACCAACUGGCGAAGCUACUUCUCCGGGCCGACCUGGGAAUACGACGAACACACGGGCGAGUACUACUUGCACCUAUUUGCCAAGGAGCAACCGGACCUCAACUGGGAGAAUGAGGAGACUCGCAAGGCUAUCUACGAUAGUGCCAUGCGCUUCUGGUUGGAUAAAGGGAUUGAUGGUUUCCGAGUGGAUGUGGUCAAUAUGUAUUCAAAGGGGGUCGAGUUCAAGGACGCCCCAGUCCUUGAUAGCAGGUUCUACGAGCAGCCGGCGUGGAUGUACUACGCCAACGGCCCAAGGAUGCAUGAGUUCCUGCGGGAGAUGAACCAAGAAGUACUCAACCACUACGAUGCUGUGACGGUGGGCGAGCUCCCGCACACACCCGAGCCCCAGAAGGUCCUCGAAUAUGUCGGGGCCGGCGACAAGCAACUGAGCAUGGUGUUCCAGUUUGACCUUGUCGCUCUUGGUCAGGGACAAGAUCACAAGUACCUCUUUGAGAAGUGGGAGUUGCCAGAACUUAAAGACAUCGUAGCCAAGUGGCAGCAGUUCAUCGACGGCACCGACGGUUGGACGACCGUCUUUUGCGAAAACCACGACCAAGGACGUUUUGUAACACGAUACGCUUCCGACGCACCACACGAACGUGAAGCGUCGGCCAAGCUGCUCUCCCUCAUGCUCUGUGCACUGACGGGGACACUAUUCAUCUACCAAGGCCAAGAGAUCGGCAUGAUCAAUGUCCCGAAGUCGUGGCCCAUCGAAGAGUACCGCGAUAUCGAAUCGCUCAACUUCUACCGGACCAUGACGGAUCCCGCGCGUUCCGUCAACGAACAAGAACGGGCGGCCGAGCUUGCCAACGUCAUGCGCGGCCUGCAAAUCUUGGGCCGUGACAACGCCCGGCUGCCAAUGCAGUGGAGCGGCGAAGCCCCGCACGCUGGGUUUACGGACGGUAGUACUGAGCCGUGGAUGCGGGUGCACGAUUUAUACAAGGAAAUCAACGUAGAGAGACAAGUGCAUGAUGGCGAAGGGUCCGUAUUGGGCUUUUGGAAACGAAUGAUCCGCUUCCGCAAGGAGUAUGCCAAUUUGCUGGUCCAUGGAGCAUUUGAAGGGUUCGCAAUGGAGGACAAGCGUACGUUUGUGUUUGGGAAGAGGGGUGAGAAUGAGGAGAGGGCCGCAGUGGUGUUGAACUUUACAGGUGAAGAACAGGAGGUGGAGUUGCCGUCAGGUGCUGGCUAUGAGGGGCUGGUGUUCGCAGUUGGCAGCUACGAGGAUGCUGCGAGCGAGGAGGAAAGUGCGGAGGGGAGAUUGCGGCAACUAAGGCCUUGGGAGGGAAGGUUGUACCUGUCUGGCUGCUAG